GCGCCUCGUUCAAACCGGCAGUCCGUUGCUGCCAUACACCAGACCUGCCUUAGACCAACAGUACCUCCUUGCAGGUUACCUAGCGCUUCAAGUGUCAAAAAGUGCCGUUUCAGCCAUGGCUCGAAUGAGUGCAGUGGCCGUGCUGCUGCUAGUGCUGCUGGUCGCCCUCCUCGCUGCUACCAUCGCACUCGUCACCAUGAUUGUGCCAUUUCACCGGGAUGCCUCGCAUGCGAUCACCACAGAGGACGUGCCACAUGACAUCGAUCAACAGCAAGCCAGCCAACAGUUCCCGCUCCCAUCUCCUUCCGAAUCUCCUGCCAAUGCCACUGCCGCUGUCGCGUAUGGGCCCCUCACUCAUGCGUAUGCUGAAUCCCCCGCUCUCAACGUGACAUCUCACGGCCUCCACACCCUGCUAUUGGCGUUCAUGCUCUAUGCUGCCAUCACCACUCUUGGAACACUGCUGUGGUGGAUGGACGUGACCCACACGCAUGUCAAAGCAUGGAUGCAUCAGCAGGGCUUGGCUGUGAUGAACAGGUGGUUGAAGCUGAAGAGUGCAAGCAAGUGCUUCGUGAGACGAGGAGUCGUUGCUCUGCUGUAUAGCCCCAUGGUGUGUGCUUGCUGGGUAAUGCAGAGAGCGAGUGAGGCAGUUCGGACUGUCAUGGUGAGUUUGGCCGGAACGCACGAGUUGAAAGAGGCGAUGGAGAUGAGAAUGCAGGCGCUUGGGAUGCAGCUGGAAGAGAGAAUGAGGGAGGUGGAAGAGGCUGAGAGGAGACGAGUGUCGGAGAGUAGGGAGAUGGGAGGGCAGGCGGAAGAGAGGGAAAGGGGGUUGGCAGCAGAGUUGGCAGCAGUGAAGGCAGAGCUGGCUGGAGUGAAAGGGGAGCUGGCUGAACACAAGGGCGCAAUGACUCAGCAAUGGGAUAUGGCUGAGCGAAGGAGAGAUACGGAUCUAAGAGAUCUGAGAGAGGAGACAAGAAAGGGAGAGGAUGCAAUGAGAGCAGAGUUGGCAAAGGGGAGGGAGGAGAGGAGGAGGGAGGUGGAAGGGUUGAAAUGGCCACGUGCCAUGGAGGAAUUGACAGCUUGCAAGGAAUGGCGGAAGAUACAAGACCUGAAGAUGAAUGUUGAGCUGGAAAUCAGGCAGAGCGAAGGCGAUCAGAAGAUUGCAUGGGAG